AGCAGCAGCCGAUCUUCCCACUCACGCGACGCGAUAAUCGUCGGGCACGCUUCCUCGUCACACUGCUGAACGCAAAGCCGCGGCAGCUUCUGGAAGGAGACCCAGGGUUUCAAUGGCAAACGAAGAUGCACUGGACAAGAUCCCUCUAAGCAAAAUAUUGGAGAAGAUACAGUACGUUUUGGUAUCGGAGCCUAACUCGUGUCCAAACUUAACCGUUUGAGAGUAAAGCGAUCAUGGGUUCUUCUUCUAGAAAUCUUUAUGCAGGAAUUGGAGAAGGUCAAUCAACCUCGAGGCCACCGCUCUUUGAUGGCACCAACUACACAUAUUGGAAAGAGCGGAUGAGAAUUUAUAUCAGCUCAACCAACUUUCAGUUGUGGUUGGUCAUCAAGAAUGGCGAGGAAACUCCCAUGAAGAAAGUCGAUGAAAAACUCGUCCCAAAGACUGAGGACAAAUUUGAUGCCGAAGACAUCAAAAAGGUGGAGAACUACGCCAAGGCUAUCAAUAUGCUGUACUGUGCCGUCAAUCCUAAUGAUUAUCGUAAGAUUUCUUGCUGCACCACUGCCAAAGAAAUGUGGGACAAGCUAGAGGUCACAUAUGAAGGUACGGACCAAGUUCGGGAAGCCAAAAUUGACUUCCUAACGCAAGAGUACGAGAUGUUCAGGAUGAAGGAAGGAGAAAAGAUCGAUGACAUGUUCGAUUGGUUUUCAAAAAUCAUCAACGACCUUCACGCUCUCAAGAAGACGUACACCAACAGGGAUCUCGUGAGGAAAAUCCUGCGAAGCCUCACACCCGAAUGGAGAUCAAAGGCAGACGCAAUCUAUGAAUCCAUCGGAGUCUCAAAUGUCACCAUCGACGGGCUAAGAGGAAGGUCUGUUUCCUUUGAAGGAUUCGUUGAGGGUAAGCACCCGAAUCCAGAUCCCAAAAUUCAUGCACAUCAAUCGGAGAAAAGGUUCGCCCAUCAAGAGUUCAUCGAUGGCGAUCGCAUCGGAGAAGAUAUACAAUUGAGGAGGGAAAGGAUGUCUGGCGGCGGCGCAGGAGCUUUUCUCACUCGGUCACUCGAGUCAAUGCUAAAGGAGUGUUCCAGUAAGAAGUAUUCUUCUCUACAGACCGCAAUCCACAAGUGUUUAGUUGUCCUGAAGGCAUCGAGUCAGCAAACCAUACAUGAUGAGAGUAAUUUUGUGGCAUCCAAAGGUUCAGAGCAGAGUAGUUUGCGUGAAACGAAUGCUGGAUCAGAGGGAACAGUUCACUCAAUCCCAACUUCUCCUAGCAAGACUAUCCUGACUGCUUUAGCACAUGCAGGCGAUACAUUAAGUGUUUCUGAGGCAGAACUUGUUCUAAAUCCUCUUCGACUUGCUUUUGAGACAAAAAAUGUAAAAAUUGUGGAGCUUGGUUUGGAUUGUCUUCAUAAACUCAUUGCAUACGAUCAUUUAGAUGGAGAUCUUGGUUUUGAUGGUUUGGGAAACGGGCCACUCUUUUCAGACAUCUUGGGGUUGGUCUGCAGUUGUGUUGAUAAUGUGUUACCGGAUGGUACUACUCUUCAAGUAUUAAAGGUACUUCUUACUGCAGUAGCAUCAACCAAGUUUAGAGUUCAUGGGGAACCACUGCUGGGCGUGAUCAGAGCAUGUUACAGUAUAGCUCUGAAGAGCAAAUCCCCAAUAAACCAAGCCACCUCGAAAUCCAUGUUAACCCAAAUGCUAAGUAUGGUCUUUAAGCGCAUGGAAGCUGAUGGCCUGGCAUGUAAAUAUAAAAUGGAUGCUUCAUCAAAUGUUCCCAAGUUAAAGAUUGAGGAUAUGUCAUCUGAUGAUCAUAACAAACAAGAAAGCAUGUUGAGAGAUAAAUGUUCUGCUAACCAAACCAAAGAUGUGUUUGUUGCUUCUCUCGAGGAACUUUAUAGUCUUGUGGAUGGGGUUGAUAUUAAGGGUUUAGAGGAUAUUUUUGAGAAGGCCGUGCAACUCGAAGAAGGGGGAAAACACGCAGGAGGGAGAGAUUUAGGAAGCACAAACAUUGGACUACAUGAUGCUUUGAUUCUUUUCCACUCCCUUUGCAAGAUGGCUACGAAAGAGAAGAAUGGCGAACCUAAAACUGAAACAUGCAUUCUGUCACUAGAGCUUUUGCAGGGUCUGCUGGAAGAAGCCACCGACUCAUUCACACUAUUGCUUGACUCUGUCAAAGCUCACAUCUCCUACACACUGUUGCAAGUGUCAGUGUCACAGUCUCUUUCCAUAUUUCAGUAUGCAACAAGAAUUUUCUCCAUACUUUUAUUACGAUACAGGCAAAGCCUUAAGGGUGAAAUUGGGGUUCUAUUUCCCUUGAUUGUCUUGCGAACAUUAGGUGAGGAAGACUUGAACUUAAAAACAGAUGUUCUCAGGAUGCUGGAAAAAGUCUGCAAGGACUCACAGAUACUUGUUGACCUAUAUGUGAACUAUGAUUGUGAGCUCAAAGCACCUAACUUGUUUGAACACAUGGUCACAACACUAUCCAGAAUUGUUCAAGGGGCACAAAAUGCAGAUAUGAACUCAGCUGCUUCGUCCCUCAUAAGCGCAACCAAGAUGUUAUCCCUUCAGUGUCUUGUGACUGUGUUAAGGUCGCUUGUUGAAUGGGAGAACUGUCAGCCAGGACCAUUAAUAGUUAAUCAGGGGAAGCAAUCUUUUGAAGAAGGUUUAAGUGGAAAACAUGAUGAUGUAACAUGUAAGGAAACUUUACCAUGUGACUUUGAGAAGAUGAAGGCACGUGAAUCACCAAUAGAAGUUGCAGUCUCUGAAUUUAAUAGGCAGCCCAGUAAGGGGAUAGAAUAUCUGAUAUCAAGUAGGUUGGUGGAGAGAUCACCUGCUUCAGUUGCUCAAUUUCUCAGGAAUACUCCCAAUUUGGAUAAGGCCAUGAUUGGUGAGUACUUGAGUCUGCACGAGGAGUUUCCACUUGCUGUCAUGCAUGCAUAUGUUGAAUCUAUGAACUUUUCUGGAGUGAAGUUUGAUAAAGCAAUUAGGGAACUUUUUAGAGGACUGCAACUUCCUGGAGAUUCUCGGAAGAUAGACUGCAUAAUGGAAAAGUUUGCAGAAUGUUACUGUGCGGCCAAUACUGAUAUAUUCAAGCAUGCCGAUACAGCUUAUGCUCUUGCAUAUGCGGUAAUACUGUUGAAUACUGACGCCCAUAGCCCAAUGGCCUGGCAAAAAAUGUCAAAGGAUGACUUCGUGCACAUGAUUGUCAUGCAAGACGAUGAUGAUUGUGCUCUCAAGGAACUCUUGGAGGAGAUCUAUGAUUCCAUUGUUGUUGAAGAGAUCAAAAUGGAAGAGAGAGGGCAAGUGAUGAAUAUUCUUAAUCUAUCUCCACCAAGAAAAAAGUAUUUGAUGGACUCAAAGGCCAAAAGCAAGGCCAUCAAUGCACAUAAACAAUCUAUUAUUAAGAAUCAAGGUGGGAUAAGAAGAGAGCUUUGUACUUCGUACAAUAUUGCGCUAGUGUGCCCUAUGGUUGAAGCUGUAGGAUGGCCUCUGCUUGCUACUCUUGCAGUUACUAUGGAGGAGGGAGAGAAUCAUACAAGGAUCACUCUUUGUAUGGAGGGAUUUAAAGCUGGAAUCCACACAACCCAUGUUCUUGGUUUGGACACCAUGCGUUGUGCCUUCUUGACAUCUUUGAUCAAGUAAUUCAUUUCAUUUAUAAUUUUGGCUUGAAUAAAGUUUAGAUUAAAGAUAAGUACAAUAG